CGAAGCCUUGGAGAGAGCCCUCCGCUUUUGUAUUUCCCAUUGACACUCGUUUAUGUAGGCCUCCAGCGCCAACCACCCCCACGUCCCUUGACUUGUUUGUCUUUGUCCCAGUGGUCGCGGGCAAUCCUUUUGCUCGAAUCGACAGAGCUCUUUUUUUUUCUAGAAAGUUUCCAUCCGGCAGUACUCGACACUACCUUAGACCAGGGCAGCGAAACCCCCAGACAACCUCUCCCACCCGGCCAGGCGUAGGUAGCUGCGCGCAUCGUCGGCACGGCGCUCGCUACACAAGUCCAACUACCAUGCCAUGGCUGCGUUCCAUUCAUUGUCGUCCGGCGCGACGCCCGGCGACGGCAUGAGCCUCAAUAGCGCCGUGGUCGACGGUAUAGACUCUUCCAUUUUUGACGAUUCACUGCUAGAUACCGUCAAUGGCACAUUUCCCGCAUUACCGUUCACGCCCACCUACGGCUUCGAAGACUUCUCCGCAACAGGCUUCGAAGACCCCUUUGCGUACUCAAAUCGGCAGUACGAAGCACCACCCGCUCCCGAAGAUUUCAACCAGGACUCGCCCACACAGGAGCUGGAUAACAAGUUGCUCGGCUUUUCGGCCCCGACGCUGAAGGCGACGCUCUUGGACGGUACGGGCCAACAUGUAGAACCCAGCAUGACGGCCGAGCUGUACGGCAUGUUCUUCGUCGCCGAGGACGUCUUUGGCGCCGAGAACAGCGGCCGGCCCCUCGAGUUGACGUGCUAUCGGCGAAACCUGUGGCAGUGCUCUGGCCAGGUAACCAUACCGCGACACAUUACCCACGUGGUGGACGAGCAGGGCCGGCAGAUGCCCAUAUUCGAGCUGUCCGCCUCCAUAACCGCCAUCGAGUCUAUCGAGGGCAAGGUUACAGAAAUCAUAUCAAUACCUUGGAAGAGCGCGCAUCCCAUAGGCGCCGAGGAACCCAAAUCCAAUGGCGGACCGCCCAACAUCGUCUUGGACCUAGCCAACGGGCAAGAGGUGGACGCGAACCGGAUUUCCCUGCCGUUAUCAUGGAAAAGGCUACAGUUCAAGCAUGCAACAGCGAAUAACGGAAGGAGAAAGGGUCUCCAACAACAUUACAUUGUGGAAAUCAGCUUGGUCGGCAAGCUGCAGUCGGGCGAAUACAUCAAGAUUGCCGAAACCCACUCCGGCCCCGUCAUUGUCAGAGGCCGCAGCCCGAGGAAUUUCGACAGCCGGAAAGACAUUCCCCUGACGGGUGGAGAUAAGAAGGUUGGCGGGAGGAGCAACAGCGACGCUACCGCCGCGACGCCGCAGAAGGAGAAUGGCGGCAACAGUGGCCUUCCCACGCCGAUACCCAAAUAUCAAAAUGUUGGGAACGUCCAACAACCAGCAGACUGGGCGCCGCCGCAACUCUACCGCGAGUCGAGCGGGGGCCAGCCGCCAGCAAAGAAGCUUGCCAUGUCACCGGGUAUCAACAGACCACCUAUCCCGGCAUGGUCUACAGAACCCUCGAGAAGCCUGGGCAGGGCAUCGGCAUCCAUCUCGGCUCCGCGCGGUGCCAUUUCCGGCCCGAUCAACCUAUCGCUUUCAGAAGACGAGAGGAGUCCGAAUAGGUCAAAUUCGGACGUGCAGAGCCCGCAGUUCACCAAAUCGACGGCGGCUGCGGGCCAUAACCCGAGCCAGAGUCCCAAGGAAGAGGACGAUCUACUCUACGAAUACUUUCCGCUUAGCGUCGACGACUGGAUGCCGCCAGUCGAGGCAAUCUAUCGCCCCCACGUAGUCCACCACACCAUUGUACCGCCGGAAAUCAAGGCACAGCAGCUCCGGAGCAAGGCAAAGAGAUAUUUUACCGCCGAAUCGUAGGAUUUUAUAUAUGGGAGCAUAUCUGAUACGAAUUGACGAAAGCCGCAUUCAUGUUCGUUCUUUUUUGUUUCACCCAAUUCCUAUGUUUGGUUUCCUCCAUCUUUGGUUGUGUAUUAUACGGUCAUUGUUACAUGGGCCUGCCAUUCUACCGGGAAGGCAGAGAAUGGUUGGCGAGAGGGGCGGGCGGUUAAAUGGCAAAUUAGGUCUGAUGCGGUUAUACCCGAGUUGUAGGUGACGGAGAC